AUGUUGAAACGUCACGAGAAAGUCCAUAGCAAGGAAAAAGUAUACGAAUGCCAUAGAUGCCACAAGAAAUUUGCUCGAAAGGUAUAUAGUACCGACAGUUUAUAUUCUAACUGCAAUGUAUUUUAAACUAUUAUGCUUAUUUAUUAUUUUUCAAGGACAAGCUGAAUAGGUAUAUGAAAAUGCACGAACGAAGAGGUGCCGAAAGGGAGUAUACUUGUAAUGAGUGUGGUGAGGUGUUUCGAAAUAUACUCCCAUUCCAAGCAUAUCAGCGUGAUGUCCAUCAGACUGGUGGUGGGAAACGUACGAAGACGCCGACCGGGCGAACAAAAAGGCAAAGAACUGAUGAACCAGGUAUGUAUAAAUGAAAAUAAUUUGAUUGCUAACUUUGUAUUUAUACACAUAUAUUUUUUCUUUUAAGAACUGCCAUCAUCUUCGACACGCGUUAACAGAGGUAAGAGAGUAUAUAUGCUGUGUAAUAAUUUGAGUUAAAAUCACACUAAUACAUUUUUUCCCCUUUUCAGGUGCUUCCACGUCUACAGUCGUCAGCAAAGGUAUGAAAUUCAAAUUUUUAUACCGUAUAUAGUAUAUUGAUUGUGGUGAUUUGAUGUGUAUAUUGACAAUGUUAAUUACUCGCAACCUCGGUUUUAAAACAUUGCCUGAAAUCCUAACGUUUACAUUUGAAAAAUAUUUUCAUGCUGUUUUCAUGUUGUUUCACUAAUGUUUGUGUUUUGAAAACCCGAUAAACAUAAUCGGGUAAUUUUUAAGCGUAGGUUUAUAGUGUGGAAUGUUCCUAAUUAUUCGUGUUAGACUUAUGUUCAUUUGCUUUAGAACUAUUAAUUUAUAUCAUUGUAAGAGCAUUUACGCUGCAUCAUUUUUAUAACAUUCGCUAGCGUUUUAUAGUGAGGUAAAAGAAAUUUUUGUUGCGUGGGUUGAUUAUGUUGCUAUGUGAAAUUUGCAUGUCCUAAUUUAUUCAUGUUAGACUUAUGUUGAUUUUUUAUGAAUCGGGUGUUUGUAUGACAAAAUUAGUGCGGAGCUCUAGACAAAAAUAAAGAAUCGGGUGUUAUUUCUAUAGGACCCCAACCGUUCCCUCAAGAUCCCCUAUUACCCUUAUCUAACCUUCCUUCCCAACUCCACCGAGAGCAUUGGCGUGCUAUACGUACGCGACAAAGCCGAGGCAAUCGAGUGCAAGACUGGUAUAAUUAUCGUUUGAGCUCGUUGAAUAUGGGUCAACUUGUGGACGAUAUAGACCGUAUAUUUGAAGAUCAAUCGACCGUCUUUAAAUUGAAUCUAUCCUUUGGCUUUGUUUUGUUUAACAACGAAACGGAGCAGAUGCAAUAUCACCACCCCUCAGCUAACAACAACCGUGUCUUCGACUCCCCAUUCCAGAUUAAUAACCGCGAGGAUUUGGUUCAAGUGCGUACAGCGUUGGAAAACAUCGACAUUCAUGAAUGGGCUCGACAACAACGUCCCAACUCGAAAUGGAUUGUCAUGGAUUUCACCAACGCUACGUUCUACGUCACCAAACUUCGAGACCAUCCCAUAGGUCAAAGUGUCCGACUACCCAAAUACGUACUGGGUAAUCCUGCCAUUGUGUCGCUCGACUGUGAUAAAAACACUGGCUUGCCAUACGAAGACAAACUAUGCUUCUUUCGUUGUUUGGCCCUACACCGUGGAUGUCAUUCCAAAAAUUUAGAACGUGAUACUCAGCAUUUUUAUGAACAAUAUGACGAUAGUGACGAUUUUGACGGUGUGACACUCGAAGAGCUCCCAGAGUUGGAAAAGUUAUUCGAGUUGAACAUUUACGUCUAUCGCCUUACAGAGUUACAUGACGAAGAUGACGCCACGACCUCCUUUGUGGCUCAACUCAUACAGCGCUCCCAUCGUAGAUAUGCCAAUUCGAUGUAUCUGAACCUCUACGGUAGUCACUUCAGCUACAUUAAGAAUUUGGCCAUGUAUUCCAAGUCCUACUGUUGUUGCAAAUGUGACAAAAUGUGGAAGACAGCGAGAGCCUUGAACCGACACGAGCGAACCUGUGCUGGAACUAUACGUCACAUCUUCCCUGGUGGUGCCUACAAAGUUCCACAAUCUAUCUUCGACUUGUUGGCCGAUGAACGAAUCGAGAUCCCUGAAGACCUCAAGUACUUCCCUUAUCGCGCCACCUUCGACUUUGAAUGUUAUUUUAAACAUACAUCUAACCAUUCAAGAAACACCGAAAAACUCACGUGGCAAGCCGAACAUAUUCCGUUGAGUGUAUCUGUAUGUUCGAACGUCCCUGGCUACACCGAACCCAAGUGCUUUGUUUCCUCUGGUGACACGAGUAAAAUGAUCCAAGAAUUCGUGGAAUAUUUGGUAAAAAUUAGUCAAGAAAGUUAUGUCUUGUUGUUGGAUCUGUUUGCGGAUGUGUUUCGCCAAAUUGAUGAACGAGUCAAUCAGGUAUAAUUCACACGUAUUAGUAUAUUUCAUAUCCUUAAUAUUAUUUCUUAUAUCUUUAGGCGAGUGAAAACGAGGAGGUAAAUGGUGAAAUCCCUAUUUUUUAUACUGUUGAACUUAUAUCAUAUUUCUUCUAUUUUAGCCAAAUUCAGAGGAGCAGCUGGUAGAAUGUCCGAUGGGGUUGGAUAACGAGGUAAACUAUAUAUUUGGUCUAUUAGAUGUUUAUAAUAUUUGUACUUAUUAUGUUGUAUAUUUUCAGGAGAGGGAAGUAAGUGAUGGCGAAGUGGUUGGGGACGAAGUGAAUGAGGAUGAGGCAGGAAAAACCCACCCACUGGAAAAGUUGGUCGAGAAGUUGGACCUUUACUUGAUGGAACUUCCUGUGAUCGGUUUCAACUCGGGCAAGUACGAUAUAAAUGCUGCUAAAAACCCAUUCAUCUCUUACCUG